GACCGCAGGAAUCAUACUUGGUUGAAUGGCCAUUAAAGCAGCAAUCAGCAGUAAAUAGCUUAUGAUGCCACGCUCAAAACAAGCGCCGAGAGGAUACUCCGAGGCUGCGGGAGUGCAGUUUGGCACCGGAUAGUCACUUAUGAAAUUGUGCUGCUGAAUCGCCGCGGAUUUGGUGUGCAUGGACCCCCGCUGCAAAUCAAACGUGGAGUCGGGCUUUGGGGAUUUGGCCAGUGAUGGACAGCUGUUGGACGCUGAUUCAGCGCAGAGGUAGAUGUUAACCUGAUCAUGCAAUAACACACUACUGGGGUGUUUUUUGCUUGUUGUCGCUGUUGGGUGAGGAGUAGCGGCUGCUGAGUUCUCUGCUCUGCCGGUCAGCGCAAGUGUGUGAGGGUCGUGAUGAUGCUUUGGCCAAACGAGAGGAUAUAAUCACCGACGAGGCUGCAAUGUGUGGUCAAUACAGGUGCAUCAAGACUUGAACGGACCAAAACAGACACCGGGGAUCCACCAACAUGGGAUUGCUCAUCUCUUUUUCCGUCUCCCUCGCCUCACAAACCUCAUCCCGCUCGCAAGGAAAUAGCAAACAUGUAUGCAGAUAUAACGGAUCCACAACGUAAAUGAUGAUGGUGCGCUGUGAUAGCUAUGGACCAUCUGAGUUGCGUAAUGGUUUAUUUCCUCCACAGUAAGCUCAGCUCUGCGAUCUCUCGUUGGAUGGUAAUUGGGCCCAAUGAUGUAGAGCCAAAUCCACCUGGAUCUGACGUGCCCUCCUCUCACGGUGAUACCUGCUCCCCUGUGACUUUUGCGCAUGUUCAAUUGAUUUUUUUUUGUUCCCAGUGCAUUUCACCACUCAUGGGAACAGAUUUGGUCAUCGUCAGAGAAAUCAUAAAACUAUUUCACAGUUUAAACAUCUGAGAAUUCAUUUUCAGUUCUGAAGUGUGACUAAACUGGUGACACUACGGUUACACAACACAGUAUAUUCACUUUUUUGAUUAAAAAUGCACAGUGUACUGGAACAAUAAUCAGCUAUGGGAAAUGUAUCCGUAGCCAAAUUCAUCUUAAGUUGAGAGAGGCUGUGUCUUUGGGACUAAGAUAAUUGCCUGUCAUUCCUCUUCAGAGGAAUAAAACUUACUCCGAAGUUUUUCGGCUCUCUCUCAGUUGUAGUCUGGUGUGACUGCUUUCCAUUCUCCAUCAUGUCCAGAUCAAAUAGUGUCAGCCCACCCGGAGUCGGUGCGCCUGGGCUGAGGGGAGGGACUGAACACAAAUCAGCUUGGGGCGAGUCUGAGUCCGUCGCCAACGGGUGCCCAUACUCGGCCAGAUCUCCGCGCAAGAAGCUCUCCCGGUCAAACAGCCGAUGGAGGGAAGAGGAUGAUCCGGAGCACCGACAAACCGGACGAGCCUCCACGACGGUCAGCAGGGUCAGCUUCAGGUCCAGGUCAGCUUGGCAAGAACAUGGAGAGGAAAGUCGAGACAAUAACCGCACAUCCCCUAAACGCCCAGACAGGGAGGUGAGACCCAAGUCGGUGGAGCUGGGUCUGGAGGAGCGGAGAGCCAAGCUCAGGACAGAGGAGGAGGAGGUCAUGCCCGAAGUUCACUUUUCCAUGGUGGCCUGUUGCAACAGCGUCAUGCACAUUUUCAAAUCCAAGAAAUUCCAGUCGGAGAAGUUGGAGAGGCUUUACCAGCGCUACUUUUUCCGUCUCAACCAGAGCAGUUUGACCAUGCUCAUGGCAGUGCUGGUGCUGGUCUGCACGGUCAUGCUGGGGUUCCACUGCGCCGGGGGGACAACUGACAUAACUUACGUGGUGGUAUUUUCCAUGGCCAUCCUCCUCAUCCUCGUACUUAUGGUCGUUUGCAACAGAAACGGGUUUCACCAGGACCAUAUGUGGAUUGUGUGCUAUGUGGUCAUAUUGCUGGUGCUGGUGGUCCAGGUAAUCGGGGUGUUGCUUGUGCAGCCGAGAAGUGCCUCAGAGGGGAUUUGGUGGACCGUGUUCUUCAUCCAUGUUAUCUACACGCUGCUGCCCGUCAGGAUGCGCGCUGCCGUUAUCACUGGAGUUAUAUUGUCCGCCAUCCACGUGGCUGUUUCUUGGACGGUGAAUGGCAUGGACAGCUUUCUAUGGAAGCAGAUAGUGUCCAACGUGCUCAUCUUCUCCUGCACCAACAUCGUGGGAGUGUGCACCCACUACCCGGCCGAGGGCUCCCAGAGGCAGGCCUUCCAGGAGACCAGGGAAUGCAUCCAAGCUCGCCUCCACUCGCAGAGGGAAAACCAGCAGCAGGAGCGUCUCCUGCUCUCAGUGCUUCCCCGCCACGUUGCCAUGGAGAUGAAAGCUGACAUUAACGCCAAGCAGGAGGACAUGAUGUUUCACAAGAUCUACAUCCAGAAGCACGACAACGUCAGCAUCCUGUUUGCAGACAUCGAGGGUUUCACCAGCCUGGCGUCCCAGUGCACGGCUCAGGAGCUGGUGAUGACACUCAAUGAACUUUUUGCCCGCUUUGACAAGCUGGCAGCGGAGAACCACUGUUUGAGGAUCAAAAUAUUGGGAGACUGCUACUACUGUGUGUCUGGGCUGCCAGAGGCGAGGGCCGACCAUGCCCACUGCUGUGUGGAGAUGGGGGUGGACAUGAUAGAGGCGAUCUCGCUGGUACGGGAGGUAACGGGGGUGAACGUGAACAUGCGAGUGGGCAUCCACAGCGGCAGGGUGCAUUGUGGGGUGCUGGGACUCCGGAAGUGGCAGUUUGACGUCUGGUCCAACGACGUCACACUCGCCAAUCAAAUGGAGGCCGGCGGCAAGGCUGGACGAAUACAUAUCACCAAGGCCACCCUGAAUUAUCUGAAUGGAGACUAUGACGUGGAGCCGGGUGCAGGGGGAGAAAGAAAUGUCUACCUGAAGAAGCACAACAUAGAAACCUACCUCAUCGUGGGCUGCAGCCAGAAAAGGAAAGAGGAGAAGGCCAUGAUAGCCAAAAUGAACCGCCAGAGGACAAACUCUGUCACUCACAACACAGGCCACUGGACCGACAGGCCCUUCUACAACCACCUGGGGGGGAACCAGGUCUCCAAGGAGAUGAAGAGGAUGGGCUUUGAAGACCCUAAGGACAAACAUUUCAUUUUCAGAAACACGCAGGAGAACCUUAACCCAGAGGACGAGGUGGACGAGUUCCUGGGCCGGGCCAUCGACGCACGCAGCAUAGACCGCCUGCGCUCCGAGCACGUCAAGAAAUUCCUGCUCACCUUCCGAGAGCCUGACCUGGAGAAAAAAUACUCCAAGCAGGUGGACUCCAGGUUCGGGGCUUACGUGGCCUGUGCCUCUCUCGUCUUCCUCUUCAUCUGCUUCAUCCAGAUUGUCAUCGUGCCACGCACCAGUCUGAUGACCGGCUUCUUCAUCAUCUGUCUCAUCGUCCUGAUGGCUGUCAUGUUCGUCUCCGCCGUCUACUCCUGUUUCGGGUUUUUCCCAGUGCCGCUGCAGACCCUCUCCAAGAGGAUCGUCCAGUCCCGCCUCAACAGCACCCUGGUGGGCGUCUUCACCAUACUCGUCGUCUUUCUCUCCGCUUUCAUCAACAUCUUCACCUGCAGCACCCUUGACCUGCGGAGGUGCAUCAGCUCUGAGCUCAACAUCAGCCUGGAGCGCGUCAACGCCUGCCACGCCCGCUCUCUCAACUACACCCUCGACACCCAGCACAGCUUAUGUGGCAACGACUCGACCGUCUGCAGCUUUCCUGAGUACUUCUCGUCCUGCGUGCUGCUGAGCCUGCUGGCCUGCUCCGUCUUCCUGCAGGUCAGCAGCAUCGGGAAGCUCUUCCUCAUGCUCUUCAUCGAGCUGAUCUACCUCCUCAUCAUGGAGGUGGCCGAGGUCAGCCUCUUCGACAACCAGGACCUGUUGGUCGUGGCCAAUGCCAUUGAGCUCAUCAAUGGAACAAGCUGCGUGGUGGAGCCCAAGGUUCCUCUGAAGAUCAUGACUCCAGUGGUCAUCACCGUCUUCGUCCUCGCCCUUUACCUCCACGCCCAGCAGGUGGAGUCCACCGCCAGGCUGGACUUCCUGUGGAAGCUGCAGGCCACCGAGGAGAAGGAGGAGAUGGAGGAGCUGCAGGCCUACAACCGCCGCCUGCUCCACAACAUCCUGCCCAAAGACGUCGCCGCCCACUUCCUGCAGCGCGAGCGGCGCAACGACGAGCUCUACUACCAGUCGUGCGAGUGCGUGGCAGUCAUGUUCGCCUCCAUCAGCAACUUCUCCGAGUUCUACGUGGAGCUGGAGGCCAACAACGAGGGCGUGGAGUGCCUCCGCCUGCUCAACGAGAUCAUCGCAGACUUCGAUGAGAUCAUCAGCGAGGACCAGUUCCGCCAGCUGGAAAAGAUCAAGACCAUCGGCUCCACCUACAUGGCGGCGUCGGGCCUCAACGACUCCACCUACGACAAGGCGGGGCGCUCACACAUCCGCGCCCUGGCCGACUACGCCAUGAGGCUGAUGGACCAGAUGAAGUACAUCAACGAGCACUCCUUCAACAACUUCAAGAUGAAGAUCGGUCUUAACAUCGGCCCUGUGGUCGCCGGGGUGAUCGGGGCCCGGAAACCUCAGUACGAUAUCUGGGGGAACACGGUCAACGUGGCCAGCCGCAUGGACAGCACAGGUGUACCAGAGAGGAUCCAGGUAACCACAGACCUGUACCAGGUACUGAGCUCCUAUAACUACACACUAGAGUACAGAGGCGUGGUCACAGUCAAGGGCAAAGGAGAGAUGAUGACCUAUUUCCUCACCGGGGGACCCUCCAGCAGUUAACACCCACCAACAGACACACAAACACUGGGGAAGGCGCCUUGCAGCACAAGGGGGGGUCGACCCGAGCCUCUGACAUGACAGGCGGGCUAAUGGACCUGUGAUCGCUUGCGGUUGACCGAGACUGAUCCUCGAACGUCCUCUCUGACGACGUCGAGCCUUUCGCCCAGCAUUAGAGGGCAGCUUCCCGCUCUCCGGAACGCGGCAGGAGGACGGGAGGGCUCAUCCCCAGCGCUCAAGCCCGAGGAGAAAACUGUUGGCGGGAAGCGGCCUUGUGAGCCUUGUAAGAGUUUGCCGUUGAGACCAAAGACGUCCGAUCAGACCCGUACAGGGACGGAGUUUGCCGGCUGUCAGUCAAAGGGUCGUCAAGGAAGUGACGAUGUCGAAGUUGUCUGGGGAAACCAAUCGCUCCAAUCUGCCAGGAUUUCAUUGACAUUCAGCUGAAGGAUCCGGGUGUUUGACAAACACAAACCUGCAUGAGGACAAUGAAGUCUCUCCUCCCCACUCUCUCUCUCUCUCGUUCUCUCUCUCUCUGUCUCUCCUGGGAAAUAUAUGUACAUGUAAAACACACACACACUGUUUUAUGUGUAUGUAUAGCAUAUAAUGUAUGUAAAACAGGUCUUGUCCACGUCGUCGUCAUACACUGUCUCUGAGUGAUACAAACGAUUGCCAAUCUCUCAAAGUGUGGACACUCGAGCAUGGCACCAGCCAGCACCGCAGCACGAUCCAUCCCUUUAUCGAUAAUCAAUAUUGUCGACAAAACUUGGCGGAGAGUUACUGUACCGCGUGUCUGUCAGUGAGGAGUGUGUUUUAUGGGUUCGGAGGUGUGGACUCUAAACCCCUGGAGAAAAGCCUCUGAGGUGUUUCGGUUCACAGAAAGCUUCCUGUCAGACCUAAACGUGCUCACACACAUCCAGUAUGGGGGCCACAUACUGUAUACACACACACACACAUACACACACACACACACACUGCUCGCUUUAACUGAAGACACUGAAGGAUGUCAACGAAAAGCUUUUCUUUGUCGUUUUUUAUCUUCAACAUUUUGUAUUUUGACUUUCGAGAGAACACCAAACCCUACCGGAUAUUUUAGAUUCUAUAUUUUGUACAUUAAUAUAUUAGAGAGAGCUAUCUAUAAACACCAACGUGUAUUCUGAUGUACAUAACAGCUGACAGGUCUAUCACGCUCAUGCACAGACAUUAUCAGAACCGAUGGGCUUUCACGUACUUUCCCCUCUCCUCUGCAGCUCACCUGCUGCUUCCAGACGUUCUCACCGGUGUGGCCUGGUCCAGCACGGCACCGUAGUUGAUAUUUCAUUUAGCUUUUGGCAGACCGGCACCCCUGAACCCCCCUCGCCCUCACGCUCUUUCAGUGAAGCGAGCUCUUUGAUCCACGGGAAGCCGGCCAUUUGCUGGUUAGAAGCAGUUCCAGAUGAUUUCCCCUCACACCAGAGUGUCUGUGUUUCAUGAUGAGAAGGAAGGAAGGAAGGGAGGAAGGAAGGAGGGAGGUGCACUGAGCGAGUGCACACUCUGAAAAAGACGGACCGCGGGACGGGAAAUGCAUCAGUAACAGUCUCGGUGCUCUAAAGCCAUUUUUGCACUCCGGUGCUUUUCAGCCCUCCCCUGCCCCGCUCCACUUCCCCUGCUCGUUCAAUCAGAUGGUACGACCCAAUGAAUGUCCACUGAUCUCCGAUGAGGCCUUUAAUAAGUAGUCUAUAGUGAUGACGGGGAGUGAUGCUCCCCUGUGGAUAUAGGGAGAAGCGAGCCCAUGUGGAAAUGUGCCCUUUUAUCUGCUGUAUGUUCCUCCACACCACUUUUUUUUUUUUUUUUUUUUUUUUUUUUUUUUUUUUUUUACCAGAGCAGCUUUCUCCAGUGUUACAGCAUAAUCCACCACCACCAUGACGCAUUGUCUUAUGCCUGGCCAAUCCACAGCUUUUUUUUAAAAAAAAAAUUUUUUUUUGGUUAUGUUAUUAAACACUACAGCUGGUUCUGUUUGUCCUGGCUACGGCCCGGAGUAAGUAAUAAGUGUUUGCACCAAGUGCCAAGUUUUUAUCUGGACUAAUUUGAAGUACACUGAAGCAGUAGUGCGAGAAAGAGAGAGAAAAAAACUGAGAUCAAAUUUAAAGUGUUCAUUUUGGCUGUCUUGUGUUUUUCAGUUUGGCAUUAUUAUGUUCAUCUUUUAAAAAAAAAAAAAAAAAGCAAUGGAGAAACUCGGCACUUAGUCCAAAUGUUUUCUUUGAAUCUGCGUCUUCUCAGAUGUUGUCUGUUUUAUUAAUGUACUGUGCUGCUGCGGCCAUUAUUUCCACACACCACAAAUCUACUUCUAAAACUUUGUUUAUUCAGCGCAGUCCCAUUUGCCUCAUUGAAUGCAGUGCCAUUCCUUACCCUUACACACCCCUCCCUUUCUCCCCCUACUGCUUAUUGUAACGAGCUGUGCCAUUGGGACACAAGAGUUUUUAACACAAGGGGGUUUGAGAGAUGGUACACAAAAUAGCUGGGCUGUUCAACAUUAACAAAAGAAAAUGCAGUGCCAUUGAAUUCAGAUUAACUUCUUUUCUUUUUUUUUUUUUAAUUCCUCCAAUUAUACUUGACAUUUCAGAGGUGAGGGGUGUAGCUAAGUUGCCCAUGCAAAUAUUUUCUUAUUAGGCAUAGAAGUAGAGGUAACACGCCCCCGCCUCUUCUCCCUCCCUGCAGCUUAGGUAAAAGGAUCCAAUGAGAUGAAGCAAGGAAAACGCCAUCAGUGUGUUUUCAGAAGCAAAAACCUUGGGCUGUCUUUGUUUUUCUGUUGUGUCAA